UUGUCCAUGUGAACAAGUCAAGGACUUACUAUAUUUCUGACCUGCACUUCAUUAAACCCUCUGAGCUACUGUAUCUGUAUGCUAAUAUAAGCAGCAGCUUAAUCAUCUGUUUCUGUGUCUGAGCUGUGUAUAAAGCUGAGAAAGAAUGUAUUCCUGGGUAUUUGUAAUUAUAAUGGGAGCACUGUGCACCUGUUCUAAGGUCUCUGCAGCAGGUGAUUCCUACGAUGGUGAGUUGGGGAUGGAGGCUAACAUCACACUAGAUGUGCAGACCAUUCUGACCAGUUUGAAUACAUCACAAGGACUUAUAGUGACCAAUUUAAAUGGAGCUAACAACACAGUGACCUUCUUAAAAGAGGAAGUAGCAGCAGAGUGCCUCAUUAUUGGAAGUGACAGUAGCUGCAACUGCUCUACUGGCUACACUUGGAGCAACGACGUGUGCUACACUUACAGCUGUUGCAAUGAUAGUACUUGCACAGCAAAUGUGUCCUACAUAACACCACUCUGCAUUCCCAAAGUCAAAGUUCAAAUCGAUGGCUCAGUUACCUUCUAUUCAACAUGGGAUUCACAUAAUACUGAUUUGAUUGGAAACAGCCUUCGAAGUCUGAAUGGCCUUCAGGCCCUGACUGUAACAAAGAGUACCACCCAAUCUGCAGCUAUUCUGGCAAACGUCAGUGUUAAGAUUGUGACCUCAAAACUUCAAGACUUAAUUAACAAUCUACAAAUAAGUCUUAAUGCUACAAUUAUGGUCAACAUUCUAGGAAUGGUCACUAUAUUGUCUCCUAACACUUCAGUAUGCUAUGAGUCCAGCACAGUACUCAAAUGCACUCUUGAGCAGAAGACAGACAGUGCUGGUUGGACACUAAAUCAGAAUGGGCUCAACCCUGGCAUUGUUGUCCAACUGAACAACAGCUGUGCCCCAACAGAAAGCAGCUCUUGUACUGCCCUUACACUUCAGAAGGUGACAGGCGCCUGGGCAGGUACAUACAAAUGUACAUUCACUACUGGGUCAGUUACACACACAGCCACGACACAACUAGAUGUUUCACUCUUGCCUGAUGUGAUCACCAUGGAGACUAGUCCUCUCACAGCAGACUGUUCGCAACUGCCCAAAAAUAUUCCAUUAACUGUUUCUACCACCAUCCUACCAAGUUCAGGGAACUAUGUGGUUUGGUGGAACUGUAGUUCUGGGAUUAGUACGUGUGAACUAAACAGCCCAGCUAACAACAAAUGCAAUGCAAUCAUCAGUUGCCCACAAAACUCUGUUCCACUGUUUGUUAAUGUGACUUUCAAAAACACGAAAGGCCAAACUAAAACUGCACAAGUGUCUAUCCCAGUCAUUUCUGCCCAAAGCAGAUUUUGCCAAAGUGAGGACAUUUGGCCAAAAACCCCAAUUGGAUACACUGUGUUUAAUCUGACAUGUGCCACAGGCAGAUCUGGCAAUAAGUCACGUUAUUGUGACAAUACUGGGUGGCAACCGGUCUUUGACAACUGUGUUAACGAAGAGUUGAAUAAAGCUUUAAAUGACGCAAAUAACUUCCUGAUGGGACUGGGGGGCACUCAAGAAAAGGCCACUACCAUAUUUGAAACAAUCAGAAACACUUCAAACACUGGUUCCAAUACUAGUAUUGCUGACAUUUCUGCAUCCAUUAACGUUCUAAAUGUUAUGGCCCAAGCUUCGGAAAAUAUUGUCUUAACAGAUUCAAUCUUCCCCACUUUUGUUAAUGCAGCCAGCAAUAUGGUGAACCAGACCUGGAAGGCAGUCAACACGUCUAUUCUUUAUUCAAUGUCAUCAAGUUAUCUUCAGUCUGUGGAGAAUCUAGUAGCGAACAUCAAGGUCAACGGCAGCCAAGGGGUUGACAGUACAAACAUGAACCUCACGUUCUGCUCCGGUGCUGAAUGUCACAUGACCGUAUUUGACAUUGCUGUGAAUAUAAACAUGACCAAUGGAACACUGAAAGUUUUUGCUGUGAAAAAUCUAGUGGAUAAGUUAAACAAUAACUACAAGAACACGGAUGCUACUGCCCUCUUAUCGGCCACACUGCAGGAUAACAAUGAUUCAUCUUUAAAAAUUGAACUGGAUUUUCCUAAUGAGGGACGAAGCCUAAAUAAAGCAGUGUGUGUGUUCUGGAACACCACAGACAUGGAUUGGUCAGAUCUAGGAUGCACUGUCAACAUCAGUGAUGAAAACCACACAGUGUGUGUGUGCAACCACCUGACUUCCUUUUCUGUGCUCAUAUCCAAGGAUGAGGUAUCUCCAUUUAAUACCAUUCUAGAAAUAAUCACCAAUGUGGGCCUGGCUGUGUCCAUCUUCUCCCUGAUGAUCUUCCUGACUAUUGAGUGUCUUGUCUGGUCGGCUGUAGUCAAGACCAACCUUGCCCAUUUUCGUCACACAGCUAUGGUGAACAUUGCCACGUUCCUUUUGCUAGCAGACAUCAGUUUUCUGGCUUCUACUCGUCCUGGAAUUCUCCCAGACAUCUGGUGCCUAAUCUUGACUAUGUGCAAACACCUGUUUUAUUUGGCCAUGUUUUGCUGGAUGCUGUGCCUGAGCAUCAUGCUUGUCCACCAGCUCAUCUUUGUUUUCAGCCCACUGAGCAAAAGAGUUUUCAUAGUCUUCUCCAGCAUUGUGGGUUAUAUUCUCCCACUGCUAAUAGUGGGAUCAAGCUAUGCGUACAGUAUCUACAUGGGAAAACCCUAUUAUAAUAAAGAAACAUGCUGGCUCAUCUUUAAUAACGGCUUGGAUAGCUCCAUACAUGCUUUUCUUCUCCCUGUGGGAACAAUUAUUUUGACUAAUAUCUUCUCCAUGAUGGUCAUCAUUUUUACAUUGGUGAAGUCCUGGGUCCCCAGCACCAAUAAAGCAGAUGACAAAAUGACAGCCAAAAGCAUGUUGAAGGUGGUGGUCGUUUUAACACCCAUAUUUGGAAUAACAUGGAUUAUUGGCUUUUUUCAACUCCUGUAUCCCGAAAUAGAUCCACUGAAGUUCUUUUUCACCAUCCUCAAUUCUUUUCAGGGCAUUUUUAUUUUGCUAACAGGAUGUUUCACAGAGCAGAAGAUCCGUGAGGAACUGUAUAAGAUGCUAACGGCGAAGUCGAACGGAACCUAUGAUUCCACUAAGAAUUUGAUUUCAGCCACAGACACAAGAGUGAAAUAAGCGAGUCCAUAGGAGCUGACUUCUCCACCCAAGAGAAACUUCAUGGACUUGUACUAUAUGAAACAUUAUCAAACAAACAAACAUCAAACAUGUUAGUUUCUCUCAGUCUAACUGUGAGAUAUUAAUUGAUAAUGAUUUUUGCUUUCUGAUGUAAAGUACGGUAAAGAUACUGUAUUCUGGAAACUGCCAAAUAUGGAGGGAUUCAUCUUCUGGAAACCACGGAAGUACAAAAAGUGUUAAUAGACAGCGUUAAUUUUAGGCUAGUUCAUCUAUAUCUAUAUGAACAUGCAACAAUCUAAUACAACAUGAAGUACAAUAUAGCAGGUACUACUGUAUUUGUCAUGAGGUAUGCAGCAACGUUCAGUGACGAACACUGCUACAACAAUCGUUUUUUUACCAAGCUAUGUUUAAUUGUAGUACAUAAGAAAUGCUUGUUACAUGUAAAAGUUACAUAUGCAUUUAAUAUUACUAUUGGAAUUAAAAUAUUUUUCUGGG